AUGAAUUUAGGAGAUUUGGGGGCUCAACAUCCUCCUUUCCCGCGGCUGUGCAAUGAGGGCUUCCACUCUUGGUUUGCUGUUUUUCUUCCUUUUCUUUCCUCUUCCUUGGCUGAAUCUGAUGAAGGAAAUGAGGUGCAAAUGUAUGCUGGUCCAAGGGACGCUUCUGACAGCAUGCAGGAUGGUAUUCAUCGGUUCUUUGGAUGUCUCUGGCUUGGGACUGGUUUCCAGCAGCUUUGUUUAAGGAACCUGCCAUCUACUCCUUCACGUGUUCUCUGUUCUUCAAAAGGGCUGAAGCUAUUGUGGGCCCUUUUUUGGGCUUUUCUAAGGGCCAAGAUGGCUUUCUAA